AUCUUAGGGGUAACAACUAGGGGUAACUGAGUUUGGUUCGCGAGAAGAAGAUAACGGUAGAAAACGGACAAGACGAAGCAGAACUAACGACAAGGGAAACAUUGUUAAACAAUAUAUUAGUAGUAAGCCUAGUUCCAGUUGGUAUAGCGGAAUAAUAGGCUAUAGACUACGUUUGUUUACUUUCCGAUCGUCGUUAGUGUGUUCAGUGUCAGUAACAAAGUUGCCGUUGUAGCUACGUUGGUCAGCUGGCUCCCGUAGCUUCUAGUCUAAAGUGAACAUCGACGAGGGAUUCGUAUUAGGCUACUGUAAGCUGCAGUCUUUUUAGGCCUAUGUAAAAAGAGCUACUGGACACGGACUAACAGUUACAUAUCGAUUUAGUUUCCUAGAAAGUAAGCAACAGUUUAUCGUUCACAGGCUAGCUAUUAGCUCAUCUAAGGAAACAGAAGAGUCCCACCGUAUCCCUGGCAACCACAGGAGUAGUCUCUCUCCCCCCUGCCAUCCAUCCCUGACGUCCACGAGUGACUCAUCUCCCUUCUCUUCGGUUCACGGGGCGGCAUCUAAGAAUAGAGGGGUAAUAUCUGGAAUCCCAAUAUCAGUGACAAUAGAAGAAGUCAUUGAAAGUUUAAAAGAACAUGGUGUUACAGAAGCUAAACGACUGAUAAAAGAGCAAACGACCUGGAGAUCAACUGAUAAUCAUCAAAUAAGAUCAUUCAGUAGAGAGAAUCAAAGGAGUCAUAAGGAAAAAAUUCAACAUGUAAAUACAUCUGAACGCCUCCAGACAGAAUGUUGUGAAUUUAAAAAGAUGUCAGAAGACAUUUUGUUGAUAAAGAAAAAUGACUUUCUUGCUUUUAUUUGUACAGUGUUUACUAAAGUAACUGAUCUCACAACGGGAAAAGAUAAGAUCAAAUUAAUUGUGGAUAUUGCCAAUGACCUUUUAGGAUUUAGCUCACAAACAAGUAUGAUACAAGAGAUGAUGAAUAAACAUGUUGGUCAAAAUAUUGGGUAAAAUCUUAAUGGUACUUCUUAUUCUCCAAUGGAAUGCUAGAAGUUUAAUUGCUAAUGGUCAAGAGUUUAAGAGAUAUAUACAUAAUUUACAAGAGAAGCCUGAAAUUAUAUGUAUCCAAGAAUCAUGGCUAAAGCCACACCUUGACUUUAUUCUAAAAGGAUACAAUAGCAUCAGAUGUGACAGAGAAAAAGGUAGAGGUGGUGGAUGUAUGACGUACAAACGCAUUGAAUCUAAAGACCAUGAAUGUGUAAUAACUGAAAAUUUUAAUAAAGAUAGUGGUACAUUUUACUAUUAUUAAUUAUUAUAAUCCAUGUAAAGCACUUACUAAUGAAUUAUUAAAAAGUGUUCUUACAGAAAGCCACAGAGAGAUCUGGUGUGGUGACUUCAAUGCUCACAAUAGUUUAUGAGUAAACAGACAGACUUGAACGGCGAAGCUGUUGAAGAAAUGAUAAAUGAUCAAAUGCUUGUAUGUUUAAAUAAUGGUUAUGGCACUAGACUCAAUAUUUAUAAAAAUGAAAUGUCAUGUAUUGAUCUUACUCUAGUAGAUAAGAACAUUGCUAGCAGAUGUGAGUGGACAGUAGAUGAAAGUACUAGUAUAGGUAGUGAUCAUUUCCCAAUUACAUGUCAAAUAGAUAUUGGCUUUAAGAUUGAACAAGGUUAUAUACCUCAUAGAUGGGUGUUUAAAAAAGCUGAUUGGGAGAAAUAUGUGGAAUUAUGUAAAGAGAUUGGAAGCCUAUCCAUAGACAAUGAGCAAUCAAUUGAUGAAAUUAAUGGAAUAGUGAGCUCUUCUAUAUUGCUUGCUGCUUCCCAAAGUAUUCCUAUUAGCCAAAGUUUUAAGAAACAAAUUAAUGUUCCAUGGUGGAAUGAUAAAUGCUCAGAAGCCAUUAAGGACCGAAAUAGAGCUUUUAAGUUACUGGGUAGGACACUAACUAUGGACAAUCUUAUCAGUUAUCAAAGAAAGAAGGCUAUAGCCAGGAAAGUUAUUAAGGAGGCUAAGAGAGAGUCAUGGAGACAAUUUUGCUCUUCAAUAGGAAAAGAAACCUCUUUAAAUCAAGUAUGGAUGAUGAUUAGGAAGAUGGUGGGUAAAUAUAAGCCUCCUCAUAUCCCUGUCCUAAUGAAAGAUGGGAUUAAUGCUAUUUCAGAUAUUGAUAAAGCCAAUAUGCUUAAUAAAGCAUUUGCAGAUAUUCACAAGGGUAGCCAUCUAGAGGAGCGUUUUAAGAAACGGAAAGAAGAAGUAUUGAAAGCAAACAAGAAUGUUUUAAAUCAAAAAGAACAAAAUAUGUCUAUUAUGGAUGCAGACUUUAGUAUGUCAGAACUUAAAAGGGCACUGAAUAAUACUGCAUACUCUGCUCCAGGGAGUGAUAAUUUAUGCUAUGUAAUGUUCAGGAAACUUCCUGACAAUGUAUUAGAGAACAUCCUUAGUCUAUUUAAUAAGGUAUGGAAUGAAGGUAAUUUACCAACCAUUUGGAAAGGGGCAACAAUUCUACCAUUCCCUAAACCAGGUAAAGAUGCAACUAGCCCAGGAAAUUAUAGGCCUAUUGCACUCACUUCACAUUUGGGUAAAUUGAUGGGAAAAACUCAUAGUAGUGAGAUUAAAUUAUUUCUUAGAAUAUAUCAACCCUCUAAAGGGAUAUCAAACAGGAUUUAGGAGGUGCAAGUCUACCAUGGAUGCUUUGGUUAAGCUAUGUAAUGAAAUUGAAAAAGCACUAAUUAUGAAAGAAGUAAUGAUUGCAGUCUUUUUGGAUAUUGAAAAAGCCUAUGACACAAUGUGGAGAGAAGGUCUAUUGAUUAAGUUAAAAAAGCUAGGUAUUAAUGGGAAAAUGUAUAAUUACAUACUUGAUUUUCUUUCUCAACGCUCCAUUAGAGUCAAAGUUGGUGAUGCAGUAUCUGCAGAAUGCAUUGUCGAAAAUGGUAUUCCUCAGGGAAGUGCUAUCAGUCCCAUUCUGUUCAACAUAAUGAUUAAUGAUAUUUAUGAGAAUCUGGGGGAUAACUAUGAUGGUCUACUAUAUGCAGAUGAUGCUGUCAUUUGGAGAAGGGGACGCAACAUCUCAUAUGUUAAUAGUAAGAUACAAAAGGAUAUUAACAGUCUUGAACAAUGGGGAGUUGACUGGGGCUUUACAUUUUCUGUUCAAAAAUCACAGGUGAUGUAUUUUACUAGGAAGAAAAUUCAUGAAUACCAUAAAUAUCUACUAUAUAAUCAGCAACUGGAGAUAAGUGAAACAUUUAAAUACUUGGGAGUAUGGUUGGAUUCCAAACUUACAUGGAAAAAUCACAUUGAGUAUAUUGAAACUAAAUGUAAAAAGGUAAUUAAUCUUAUGAGGAUGGUUACUGGGCAUAAUUGGGGAGCUGACAGACAGUCCUUGAUUAACAUGUAUAAAGCACUGAUAAGAUCAUCUAUUGAUUAUGGCAGCAUAGUAUACAGUUCCGCAUGUAAGAGUUCUCUCAUGAAAAUUGAGAGAAUACAAUAUAAGGCCUUAAGACUUGCCUUAGGCGCAUUUAAAUCAACCCCUACUAGUGCUUUAUAGAAGUUAAGGAAGCCCCUAUUAAUUUAAGAUUUGAUCAAUUAUGUUUGACUUACUGGGUCAGGUUAAAGGGAAGUUUCAACAACCCUUCUAUGUCUGUACUAGAUGAUUGCUGGGAAUACUCAAAGAAGUCCUGUGGAUUUGGUUGGAGCAUUAACAGUUUAGUCAAUGACUAUAGUUUAAGAGACCUCAAGUAUGGCCCAGCAUUAGCAUUAAUCUGCAUUUCCCCCAUGGCUACUUCCUGAUCCAAAAGUUAAUGUUGAUAUUAAUAGCAGAAAAGCAUGAACAUCCUACCAAACAAAGCUUCACUGAUGCCUGUCUAAAUUAUAUGAACAACUAUUAUGGGUAUCUAAGAAUAUUCACUGAUGGUUCUAAAGAUCCUAGUGGCAGAUGUGGUAUAUAUAUUCCAGAAUUUGAUAAGAAAUAUAAAUAUAGAACAAGUAAUUAUUUAUCAGUAUUUUCUGUUAAAAUGACAGCAAUAAUAACUGCUCUUAGGUGGGUUGAAGAGGUUAAACCUCUUAGAUCAGUUAUCUACACUGACUCUAUGGCAGUACUUCAAAGUUUUAUUACAGAUAAUUAUGCGUGAAGAUCUGAUUUUAGAAGUAAAGUACCUCUUAUUAAAUAUUGUUAGUCUAGGGUUAGUUAUUCAGUUUUGCUGGGUACCAGGGCAUUAUGGAAUUAUUGGUAAUGAAAUUGCAGAUAAACGAGCCAAAAAAGCCCUUGAGUUGAGUAUUAAAACAGGAAUUGCACGUAGAUGGCAAGAUGAAUGGGAUUCAGAGAGCAAAGGCAGAUACUAUCACAAUAAUCAGAGUAGCAUUGGAGGUAAAAGAAUUACAUCACUAGGUCUUAACAGACAGUAGUCUUAACCAGAUUGAGACUGGGUCAUAAUGGCCUUAAUGCUAUAUAUUUAAUGGGCAUAAGUAAUGGUAUAUGUUCUGAAUGUAAGGUCUUGGAGGAUGUCACUCGUGUCUUAUUUUACUGUAAGAAAUAUGAGCAAUUUAGACAAGUAUGGAAAGAGCUUGAUGAGGAAAACGACAUUCACAAUAUAUUACAGGAACAAGGAAUGCAAGGAUAAAGAAUUAGAUAUCUCAUUAGGUAUCUAAUUGAUUCAGGUAUAAUUAAUAGAGUGUAAUUUUUUUUUUUUUAUGAUUUGAGAUCUCAAUUGCCAACGCUCCUUUUACACACUCCUGUGUAGUACCUGAGUAGGUGGCGGUAUAUAACGAAAGAUAUGACCCGCCAUUAAUCGAACGAAGAAGAACAGAGUGGCUACACUCC